UUGAGAUGAAAAAUUAGAGACGGUAGGGUUGAAUUGGAUCGUUAUUGGUAAAGCAUAAGUCAUGAUUUGUCGAAUGCGUACAAAUUGGGGCUGAUUGUACCCAGAUUUGCGAAAUUGGGAAAUUAGGGUUUAUAAUUUAUCGAAUUGGGUGUUUUGGAUUUUUAAAUUCUAAAAUUUUAAUCUGAAAAGGCAUAUUAUUGGCAUGCUAUAACUUAUGUGUGGUAUCCUAUUUUUAGUAGGUGUUACAUGAAGAUCAUGACAUCCCAAUCACAUAGCUCCCCAGGAUCUUGUAGUCAUGUUGAUUAUGAAAGGUUAUGCAAAUGUGGUCUGUUAGCUUCGUUUAUGACAUCCUGGACAGAUUUUAACUAUGGACGUCGUUUCUAUAAUUGUCCUGCAAUGAAGUGUGACUAUUUUGUCUGGGUUGAUCCUCCUCGACGCAUCCAACAACGAACUAGUAGACAACCAAGGAAUCAAGCAAGUACAUGUUUUGUUAAUACAGUAGCUGAAGAAGAAGAGAAUAGUGGCCAUGAGAAUGAAGAUGCCAAAAUUAAAAAACUGGUGGAUGGAAUGAAGUCCAGGGACCAAAUGUUGUUGAUUGUAGUUUUUGGAAUUCUUGUGGUGGUCCUAAUUACGUUAUUGCUUGUUAUUUUGAAGUUGUAAUUGUUGUGUUUAUUGUCUUCGAAUUCUUGUAUUAGACUAAGUGUGGAUUAUGCUAAAUUUUAGCAUUUUGGUGCUUAAGUACAUUUUGGUGGUUAUAAGUUAAGUACAUUGCUAAAGUAAUAUGUUUAUCAUUGUUAGCCCUAGAUGUAAAUGAAACUUCAUGGAAAGGUUAUUCAUCUUCAGCAAUGAAUGAAAACAUGGUACAAUUUUUCACAAGCUUCAUGGAAAAAGAUUUAUCUUAUCUCCACAGUUAAUCUUGAAUCUUAAA